AUGUGCGGGCCAGGCUCGGGGUCCGCGGUCGAGGUCCUGGGGUCGGAAUCGGGGCUUGGGGUCUGGGGUCGAGGUCAAGAGGUCGGAAUCGGGGCCUCGGGGUCCGGGGUCGGAAUCGGGGUCUCGGAGUCGGGUCCCGAGGUCGAGUUCUCGGGGUCCGGGUCCGAGGUGUCGGGGUCUCGAGGUCGGGGUCCAGGGUCUGAGUGCUCGGACGCGACCCUCUGGCUGCAGGGAGAGCCCGGAGCGCGGAGCGCGCUGACGUCACAACGUCGGGGGCGGGGUAAGCGGGGACGCCGGAAGCGGGGCCGGCGCGGCGUUGCCGGGCAACGGGCCGCGCGGCUGGAGGCGGUGGGGCUCUCGCUCUGCGGCCGCUGCGCCGCUUCCGCCCUGCUCGCCCGGUGCGGCGACGGCGGCGAAGGUGGGUGCGGAGCCCGGGCCGCUCGGAGCCUGCCCAGGGGCGCCUCCGGGGGCGCCGCGCCCGUGAGCGCCCCCAAACCCCGCUCCGCGGACCCCCUCUGGGCGCCGCCCCCUCCGCCUCGAAGGGCCGCCUGGACCCUCGCCUCUGGCCCGAGCGGACCCGGGCCCUCCCCUCGCUCCGCCCGGCGCGCUCCCGGGAGCUGGUUGGUGGAGCCGAGGGCCACGUCCUCCCGGGUCCCCUCUGGGACCCACCCCUGCGCCCGCCGUGUCGCCUGGGAGCUCGGAAGGAAGCCAGGCAGGCUGCGCUCCCCGGGCGGCGGGGCCAAGGAGGCCACCCUCAUCCUUGGGCAGCGUGGGCAUGGCCGCCCCUCGUGGGGCCACCACGGUCCCCCCAGGCGCUGCCCAGCAGACAGGGCGAGGAUGUGGCCACCCCGGGCAGCUCCAGUGCAGUGGUGUGUACGUCUCCUGAGCACUUCUUCCUCGGGUCUCUCCCCGCCUGGUGGCACCAAGAUGCAAGACCCGUGGCAGCUAGCGCGGGUGCCUGGCCCCCGACAUCCUUUUCUUGGUCCUCAGAGUCACCUCAAAGGGGGAGCAGGUGAGCUUUCCCUCCGCGAGGGCCCUGGGACACUAAGUGAUGGCAGGCUUGAAGGGCUGGGGCUCCCCUGGGACCAACUUCUGCCGGAAGGGCAGGCCAAGCUCGCCAGGUCCAGCGAGGGCUCCUCUGCCCGCACCUGUGGCUGUCCAGACCCAGGGGAGCAUAGCAGUGCCUGGGGGGAGUUUGAAGGCUUUCGGGAAUCUUCACCCAAGUCCAAGCAGUUCUCUCAGUCCCUUGGAUUCCUGGAGAAGUCCUCAGAGCCUCCGCUGCCCAGAGCUGCUUCUGACCAGGAGGAGCAAGGUUCUCUCCAGCCUCACCAGGGUGGACCUGACCAGACAGGCAACGCUGCUGUCAUUCCUUCUGAGUCUAUUCGCAGCUAUGAGAAAAUUUUUAAGUUUGCUUUUCAAGAACUACUAGUCGGGUCGUCACCUGAAGGUGUUUCCACCUUAAACCAUUGUUUGGAAAUGAACCAUGAAGAAACAGCUGACCUGGGACCUACACAGGAGCCAUUCUGUCCCGAGUCUCGAAAACUCUGGAGAGCUCUUCAGAAGCCCCCUGACACGUCUACUUUCCGGGGCCUCUGGAACGAGUCCCGCUGUCGGGACAACUUCUUCCUCGUUCUCGGAAUAGAUGCUGCUCAAAAGAGCCUCUCGAGGGGCGGGGGCCCCGGCUUGGAAGGUCUCGCCCUCACGGAGCCUGAGGAGCCCCAGGGCGUCACCCCGCACUGGAACCCCUGCAGUGCCCUGAUCCAGACCCAGCUCUCGGGGACCCCCAGCCACAGACAGGGGGCCCUGAUCACAUGCAGCCUCUUCCUGAAGAAGACCCCCUUUCUGGGGCACAUGCAGCACCUGACAUCACCAAGGAAAAAGAAGCUGUUCACUCCACACAGCCUUGCCAGGAUGCUGUUUAAGAGUGACGUGUGCUGAGCGCAGAAGGGGCUUCAUGUCUCCUGAGGACUGUCACUCUGUUGCUGCCACGGAGCCACAUCAGCGUCCCAGGGUCCCCGUGGGUCCAUUCUGGGUUCUGUCAGGAUGGAGCCACUAUUGGUGCGUCACUGGGUGCUGUGGAGCAGAAGCCCACACCCAGAGGGAGCGUGGGGCACUGGGUGUCGGUUGGGACCUUCCGCCCAGUGUCAGCGUUGCCCCGCACCCCGGGAGACCUGUGACAGACCCUAGAACCCAACUGCCCCGGGGGCCCUGUGGGGCACCACCUCAUCUUGGUCAGCUCCUGUGAGAGUCAGGAGGGAAGGGCAGUGGGAGAGAGCUGGUCAGUGAGCUCAGAGCCCCCUGAGUACGUCCCUGUCCACUUAGCACCAGCCAGGCUCUCAGUGGCACGCUCAGGUUCGUCCCCCAGGGUGGCAUCUGCUGUUUACUCUCACAGGUGCCUCUGCCUGCAGCUCUGGGUGGGUUUUCAUUGCUGUCAAGGGGCUGCACUGGCUGCUUCACACCCUUGGGCACUCGUUGGUCUGAGCUCUUAGGGGCCUAGAGGGCACCCAUGUUCCCUGGGCUUCUGCCAAGGAGACAGUUCUCUCCUGGUGCCCAUAAGCAGGUGGCAUUGGCUUUUGUUAAGUUUACAAAAUAAAAUGGCCUGGGCAGA